UGGCGGGAGUCUUGACUGCGCCGGGACUCUUGGAGCGAGCUCAAGACGUCUGCCCGCUGUGGCUAUGUUCGUGCCCGAUUUCCGCAGAGACUUCUACGAGGUGGUCCAGAGCCAGAGGGUGCUUCUCUUUGUGGCCUCGGACGUGGAUGCUCUGUGCGCUUGCAAGAUCCUUCAGGCCCUGUUCCAGUGUGACCACGUGCAGUACACACUGGUUCCAGUUUCUGGCUGGCAAGAACUUGAAACUGCAUUUCUUGAGCAUAAAUCACAGUUCCGUUAUUUUAUUCUCAUAAACUGUGGAGCUAACGUAGACCUCUUGGACAUCCUUCAACCCGACGAGGAUGCUAUAUUCUUUGUAUGUGACACUCACAGGCCAAUCAACGUUGUGAAUGUGUACAACGACAAUCAGAUCAAGUUACUCAUUAAACAAGAUGAUGACCUCGAGGUUCCCACCUACGAUGACAUCUUCAGGGAUGAAGAGGAGGAUGGAGAGCAAUCAGGCAAUGACAGCGAUGGAUCAGAGGCUUCUGGGUCAGAACCUUCAGGGAAGCGUACGCGGUUAGAAGAGGAAAUAGUGGAGCGAACAAGGAGGCGGCAGCAGAGGAGAGAGUGGGAGGCCCGGAGAAGAGACAUCCUCUUCGAUUAUGAGCAGUAUGAGUAUCACGGAACAUCGUCAGCCAUGGUGAUGUUUGACCUGGCGUGGGUGAUGUCCAAGGACCUGAGCGACAUGCUGUGGUGGGCCAUCGUUGGACUGACAGACCAGUGGAUACAAGACAAGAUCACCCAAAUGAAGUACGUGACCGACGUCGGCAUCCUACAGCGUCACGUGUCCCGGCACAACCAUCGGAACGAGGACGAGGAGCACUCCCUUUCCGUGGACUGCACCCGCAUCUCCUUUGAGUACGACCUCCGCCUGGCCCUCUACCGGCACUGGUCACUGCAUGACAGCCUGUGCAGCACCAGCUAUACCGCGGCCAGGUUCAAGCUCUGGUCUGUGCAUGGGCAGAAGCGGCUCCAGGAGUUCCUGGCAGACAUGGGACUCCCCCUGAAACAGGUGAAGCAGAAGUUCCAGUCCAUGGACAUCUCCCUGAAGGAGAAUUUGCGAGAAAUGAUUGAUGAGUCUGCUACUAAAUUUGGGAUGAAGGACAUGCGUGUACAGACUUUCAGCAUCCACUUCGGCUUCCAGCACAAGUUCCUGGCCAGCGACGUGGUCUUCGCCACCACAUCUCUGAUGGAGAGCCCGGAGAAGGACAGCUCAGGGACGGGUCACUUCAUCCAGGCUCUGGACAGCCUCUCCAGGAGUAACCUAGACAAGCUAUACCUCGGCCUGGAGCUGGCCAAGAAGCAGCUGCAGGCCACCCAGCAGACCAUCGCCAGCUGCCUCUGCACCAACCUCGUCAUCUCCCAGGGGCCUUUCCUCUACUGCUGCCUCACGGAGGGCACUCCAGACGUCAUGCUGUUCUCCAAGCCAGCGUCCCUGAGCUUGCUCAGCCGAAGCCUGCUCAAGUCCUUUGUUUAUUCGACAAAGAAUCGGCGCUGCAAGUUGCUGCCCCUGGUGCUGGCCGCCCCCCUGAGUGCAGAGCAGGGCACAGUGACUGUGGUGGGCAUCCCCCCAGAGACCGACAGCUCAGACAGGAAGAACUUUUUCGGGCGGGCGUUUGAGAAGGCAGCAGAGAGCACCAACUCCCGGACGCUGCACAACCAUUUUGACCUCUCAGUAAUUGAGCUGAAAGCCGAGGACAGGAGCAAAUUUCUGGAUGCACUUGUUUCCCUCCUGUCCUGAGGAGUUCGACUUCUUCAGAAAUGACAUCCUCUAUCUAUUUGUAUUAACUGGCUUUUAUUGAGAUUGUAAGUUAUGGACAUAGUCUGCUACAGGGCCAGUGGUUUUAAUGCAAUAAAAUACUCAUUUUAGC